AUGGCUGCUGCAAGAUCCGUGUCUGAGCUGAAGCUGAUUCUUCUGGGGAAAAGUCCGCGUCUGAAGGCCUCAGUGGGAAACUUCCUUUUGGGAAAAAAAAAGUUCAAUCAACAUAAUACAUGUGUAAAAGUCAGAGGAAGAUUUAAUGACAAUCCGGUGACUGUGAUCUACACUCAUGACCAGCUGCUCUUCACUGCCUCUCAAGGACUCAGUUGGUUAAUACAAGACAUUAAAGAUCAGAGUGGCCCUGGUCCUCAUGUGUUCCUGCUGUUUGUACAGCCUGAAGCCUUCACUGAUCAACACAAAUGCAUACUAGAGUCAGUCCUGGAGAACCUUGGUGAGCAGGACUUCCAGCAUUCACUGGUGCUGAUGUCCAGUACACAAGCAGUGACACCAGACUCCAUGGAGAAAUACAUGAGGGAGCCACAUAUAAAAGACUUGAUCACCAAAUGUAAGAACAGAUAUAUGUGGAUGGAUAACAUGUAUCUAACUGAUCUGAAUCUGAAAGUUGAAGAGCUGUUUUCAAAAAUCUGUAACAUGAUGAAAGAAAGCGACGCAGAUCAUUUGAACCCUCACCCCUCUAAAGACCAAGGCACAGGUCAGACUGUGGUGAUGCAUAGAGAUGUGGAGCCACACCUGCCACAGGAGUGUCUGAGGAUUGUGCUCUUUGGGAAAACUGGCAAUGGAAAAAGUGCCACUGCCAACACAAUUUUGGGCCGAGAGAGUUUCAAAUCUUACGCCCACCCUCAAUCUGUCACCAGAAUCUGCAUGAAAGAUGAGGGUGAUGUUGAUGGACAGAGGGUUGCUGUUGUUGACACUCCUGGUUUAUUUGAUACAUCUUUGUCCAAUGAGGAGCUGCAAGAGGAGCUUGUAAAAUGCGUCACAUUGCUGGCUCCUGGACCACAUGUCUUCUUACUGGUGCUACAGAUCGACCGAUUCACAAAAGAAGUGAGUGACUCAGUGGAUCUGGUCAAAACGUACUUUGGCAAAAAAUCAAGCCCCUUUAUCAUCAUUCUCUUCACUAGAGGAGAUGCCCUCGAGGGAAAGUCCAUUGAAGAUUUCAUUGAGGGAGAUCAAAGAUUAAAGGAAAUUAUUCAAGAGUGCGGAGGGAGGUUCCAGGUCUUUAACAAUAGAGAGAAAAACAAUAGGUCACAGGUUCAACAACUCAUGGAAAAAGCCAACAAAAUGCCUGAAGCCUUCACUGAUCAACACAAAUGCAUACUAGAGUCAGUCCUGGAGAACCUUGGUGAGCAGGACUUCCAGCAUUCACUGGUGCUGAUGUCCAGUACACAAGCAGUGACACCAGACUCCAUGGAGAAAUACAUGAGGGAGCCACAUAUAAAAGACUUGAUCACCAAAUACCAAGGCACAGGUCAGACUGUGGUGAUGCAUAGAGAUGUGGAGCCACACCUGCCACAGGAGUGUCUGAGGAUUGUGCUCUUUGGGAAAACUGGCAAUGGAAAAAGUGCCACUGCCAACACAAUUUUGGGCCGAGAGAGUUUCAAAUCUUACGCCCACCCUCAAUCUGUCACCAGAAUCUGCAUGAAAGAUGAGGGUGAUGUUGAUGGACAGAGGGUUGCUGUUGUUGACACUCCUGGUUUAUUUGAUACAUCUUUGUCCAAUGAGGAGCUGCAAGAGGAGCUUGUAAAAUGCGUCACAUUGCUGGCUCCUGGACCACAUGUCUUCUUACUGGUGCUACAGAUCGGCCGAUUCACAAAAGAAGAGAGUGACUCAGUGGAUCUGGUCAAAACGUACUUUGGCAAAAAAUCAAGCCCCUUUAUCAUCAUUCUCUUCACUAGAGGAGAUGCCCUCGAGGGAAAGUCCAUUGAAGAUUUCAUUGAGGGAGAUCAAAGAUUAAAGGAAUUUAUUCAAGAGUGCGGAGGGAGGUUCCAGGUCUUUAACAAUAGAGAGAAAAACAAUAGGUCACAGGUUCAACAACUCAUGGAAAAAGCCAACAAAAUGGUGUUGGAAAACGGAGGGAGCUACUACACAACAGAGAUGUUCCAAGAGGCAGAGCAGGCCAUAAAGGAGGAGAUGGAGAGACUCCUGCGAGGGAAGGAGGAGGAGAUCAAGAAGGAGGAGGAGGAGCUUCAGUAUAAACACAAACAAAAAAUAGAAGAACUACGACAACAAGGGACGCAAAUACAUGAGAGUUGGGAAGAGCAGAGAAAAAAGAGAGAGAGAGAGGAGUCUGUAAGAGAAGGAGAGAGAGAGAGAGAGAGAGAGAGAGAGAGAGAAGAGAGAGAGAGAGAGAGAGAGAGCUGUAAGAGAGAGAGAGAGAGAGAGAAGUGUGAGAGAGAGAGAGAGAGAGAGAGAAGAGAGAAAGAGAGAGAGAGAGAGAGCUGUAAG